UUUUCUUGGGUACCCACCCAGGGUAAUAACUCAAGUGUGAGAAUGGUGACGGAGAUUUUUAGGCCAUGUGUCCAAGAAGAGAACAUGGAUAUUCCAUCAACCCCACCAGGUUUUGAGUUAUGUACUGUUGUGAAACCAAAUUCGUUGGAAGGAAAAGAACAAACAACAGCUUCUCCAGUUUCUGAAGCUCAAUCUGUUCAAAGUACCACCAAACUUGACUUGGGCAAUAAUGCAAAUCUUUCAAGGCCUGUUAGGGAUAGACCUUCUGUAGACUACAGUAAAAUUGAUGGCUAUGUUGAAGAUGUAGCUGAUUCUAAGCAGGUUGCUGCACAAUGGCAUCCAAAUGAGGGUUGGAGGCCGGAUCUUGAAGAGGUUCCUGUAUUUUACCCCAGUGAAGAGGAGUUUCAAGAUACUCUAAACUAUAUAGAAAGCAUACGCCUUAGAGCAGAAAAAUAUGGGAUUUGUCGUAUUGUUCCUCCCCCUUCAUGGAAGCCUCCUUGUCCUCUUAAGGAGAAAAAUAUAUGGGAGGGAUCUAAAUUUCAUACACGUAUACAGAGAGUAGACAAACUUCAAAACCGGGACUCAUUGAAAAGGACUCUAAAGGUUAGUACCACCAAUAAGAGGAGGAAGAAAAGAAGAUGUAUGAAAAUGGGGGUAGAGUGCGGUUCAAGUGCUGAUGAUGUACUUGGUUCUUGUGAAGCUGGAAUAUAUGAGGAACCAAUAUUCGGAUUUGAACCGGGCCCAGAGUUCACCUUAGAUACAUUUCAGAAAUAUGCAGAUGAUUUUAAAGCUCAAUACUUUAGGCUAACCGACAGCAAUGCUGUUCAAGUUGGUGAUAUAGCCAAGGUCCAAGAGCAGUAUGAACCUUCAGUGGGUGAUAUUGAGGGUGAGUAUUGGCGAAUUGUGGAGAAACCUACAGAAGAAAUUAAGGUGUUCUAUGGGGCUGAUUUAGACACAGGGGUUUUUGGAAGUGGAUUCCCAAACUUAUCUGAUAGGGGAGAAGGUUCUAACUCAGAUGUGAAAUAUGUGAAAUCAGGAUGGAAUCUAAAUAAUUUUCCUAGGCUUCCAGGUUCUGUUCUCACGUAUGAAAGCAGUGAUAUAUCAGGUGUUCUGGUGCCUUGGCUGUACAUAGGAAUGUGUUUCUCGUCCUUUUGUUGGCAUGUUGAAGAUCACCACUUAUAUUCACUGAAUUACAUGCAUUGGGGCGCUUCAAAAUUGUGGUAUGGUGUCCCGGGACAAGAUGCUAUUAAGUUGGAGGCAGCUAUGAAAAAGCAUCUUCCUCAACUUUUUCAAGAACAGCCUGACUUGCUUCAUAAGCUGGUCACACAACUUUCACCAGCAAUACUAAGAUCCGAGGGAGUGUCGGUCUAUAGAUGUGUCCAAAAUGAAGGGGAAUUUGUUCUGACGUUCCCAAGAGCAUAUCAUUCUGGAUUCAACUGUGGAUUUAAUUGUGCAGAAGCUGUAAAUGUUGCUCCUGUUGAUUGGUUACCACAUGGGCAAAAUGCAGUUGAGCUCUACCGGGGUCAAUGCCGAAAAACUUCAGUUUCCCAUGAUAAAUUGUUGCUUGGUGCCGCAAGGGAAGCUGUCAAAGCACAGUGGGAACUCAAUUUACUAAGGAAGAAUACUUCAGAUAAUUUAAGAUGGAAGAGUGUUUGUGGGAAGAAUGGGAUCCUCACAAACGCAUUCAAGGAUCGCGUUGAGAAGGAGCAGGUUAGGAGGGGAUUUCUCUUCAGUUCUCCUCACAUAAUGAAGAUGGAGAGUGAUUUUGAUUCCACCACUGAGAGAGAAUGUUCCAUUUGCCUGUUUGACUUGCAUCUUUCCGCUGCAAGCUGUCCCUGUUCACCCGAUAAGUACGCAUGCCUUAACCAUGCACACCAGUUAUGUUCAUGUUCACGAGAUAUAAAAACUUUCCUGAUCCGUUAUGACAUCAAUGAACUCAACAUUUUGGUGGAAGCAUUGGAAGGAAAACUAAGUGCUAUUUACAGAUGGGCAAGGCUAGAUUUUGGAUUCGCCCUGAGUUCCCAUGUCUCGAAAGGAGAUUCACAAUCCAACACAGAAAGUAAAGAAAAGGCUGGGGAAACUCUUAAUCAAGAUAAAAACACAGGUGGUUUAUGCUUAUUACAGAAAGGUGGAUCAUCAUCUCUAAUCUACAAAAUCAAGGUGGAAAAUAUGAGCUUGAAUAUCAAGAAAGAGGAAAUAUCCCAUUCAACUAAUCUAGUUUCUCAGCCCUUACAGGGAGAAGUCUCGAAUAGCAAUGACUUAGUUAAGACCACCGAAUUGCAUAAACCGUUGUUUUCAGAAAUUGGUGAUGUUAUACUCCUUAGUGAUGAUGAUGAGUCAAAUGGGCCACUUCCAAAGGGAGCAAAAGAGAAAUCUAUUGCAGUGUUGGGAACUCCAAGUAAUUGUAUUAAAGAUCCUUCGGCUAGUUGUGCAGUAAAGGUUGAACAAGAUAUGGACUUAGAACCUCACGAGGAUGGCAAUAUUUCUUCUUGUAAUUCCGCAGUCAGUCAGUCUCAGAGUCAAUUACCAGAUCCUUCUUUUGCUGAAGCUUCUUCCAGCGUAACUAACUCUGACCGGUUAUUAGUGAAAUGUGAGUCUGAGAUUUGUGAAACGACAAAUGGGGUCAGUUGUUCUCCACAAGCACAUCCAUUUGGUAAUGAACUAUUGAAAAAUGAAGACAGUAGCAGUAGUGUAAUGGGAUCAAAUUCCAACUCUAGGAUGACAUGCACCAUGCCAGACACAAAUGUAAACCAGCAAAAUAAUAAAAAUAAUAUUGACAGAUAUUUUCGACAGAAGGGUCCACGAAUUGCCAAGGUCAUCCGUAGAAUCAACUGCAAUGUUGAAAUUCUGGAAUACGGCGUUGUGCAAAACGGGAAGCUAUGGUGUGACAGUAGGGCUAUCUUUCCAAAGGGAUUUAGGAGUCGAGUAAUGUAUAUAAGUGCUUUAGACCCGACAAAUAAGUGCUACUAUGUUUCAGAAAUCCUGGACAGUGGACGCGGGUCACCGCUUUUUAUGGUUUCUUUAGAGGAGAGCCCGAGCGAUGUAUUUGUUCAUGUUUCUGUUGCUAAAUGCUGGGAUAUGGUAAGAGAGAAAGUGAAUCAAGAGAUUACAAGACAACAUAAGCUGGGAACAAUUAAUCUUCCUCCAUUACAGCCACCUGGGAGUCUUGAUGGGUUUGAAAUGUUUGGUUUUUCAUCCCCAGCAAUCGUGCAGGUUAUUCAAGCAAGGGAUAAAAAUCGCAUUUCCAUUGCAUAUUGGAGAUCGCGUCCACUUCUUCAAAUCCCACAACAUAUUGAACAACCAGAGAAUGAUAGUGAUGGGAAACACAUUUCAAGCUCUGAGAUAACAAUCGGUCAGAAUGAUGGGUCCAAUUGUAAUUUCUCAAUUGCAGGAGCUGUUGAUACAGUACUGGAUGGCCUACUGAAGAAAGCGGAUCUCAAAGAACUGCACAUGUUAAAAGAUGUCGUGACUGGUUCUAGGCCCUCCAUCAAUCGACAACUUCUGACCGAACUUGUUCGAGAAGAAAUUAAAGGGCGCCUGAGAUGAUAAUGAUGUGCGUAUAAUCAAUAUAUUUUCCUAGCCUUGUAGAUGUAGCUAACUAUUGCAAAUUUUUUCUUUCUUUCGGCCCAUCGCGGUUACCAGAAUCACCGCUUGUUUUUUUAAACAAGGAAUUCUUUCAGGUGGUCUAUACCAUUCUUUAUUUUUUUCCAUGUUGUACACAUUAAAUUUGGUUCUAUUGUAAGACUUCAGUAGAUAAAAGAUGACUGUUAGUUCUAAGUUUGGUUACUACAUAUUCUUCAACUGUAGUAACUAUUUUCUUUUUCAAAAAGAAAAUAAUAUUCUCUUUAUCAAUAACUUG